AUGCUGCCUGUUCCGGAGGGGGACUGCGGCUCCCCUCCCUCCCUCCGCGAGAUCCAUCGGCUACUGCCGUACCUGACACCCAAUCAGCUGACCGACACGCUGUGGUACUUUGCACAGCACGGCAUGAAGCCCAGCACGGGGCUGAUGGGCGCUGUGGCUGAGAGGAUCCGCAGCUCACUGUCGCAAUGCAAAGGGCAAGACCUGAGCAAAACGCUGUGGGCUUUCGCAACACUCAAGUACAUGCCCUCAGAGGCCUGGUGGCGCGACUUCGAGGGUCAGGUGUUUGGUGCGCUGACGGACCUUACGGACCGGGAACUUGCCAAUCUGUUGUGGGCCUUCGCGGGGGACCCUGUGGAGGCAUCAUCGCGACCUAUCCACGCCGAAGCAGCCGCAAACCUGUUUUCCAGCAGCCUGACAGAGGAGACGGAGGAGGCGGCAGCGGCGGGCUCGGCUGAUCAGGGGGUGUGGACGCCUGGUCCUUGGCUACAUAUGUCUCCUCCUAGUGGCGGCCCUGAGCUGCGGGGCUGGGUGCUUGACCCCCUGCUGGCGCAUAGCUGUGCAGGCGGCUUUGCGGGCUACUCUGCCACCAGUUUGCAUCUGCUAGUCUGGUCGCUGGGCAAGUUGCAUUACACGCCGCCAGCUGCUUGGCUGGAGUCUUUCCUGCCGGCAGCGGAGGCGCACUUUUUCCGCUUUACACCCACCGAGUUGGCCAAUAUUAUCUGGGCGCUGGCCAAGCUGGGCGCCCGGUUGCCGUCUGAAUGGCUUGACAAGUUGUUGCUGGUGGCUCAGUGGCGCUUCCCGUCGUUUCCAGCUCGCUUGCUAAGCAUUGUGGCAUGGAGCACUGCUACCCUCAACCAUCGGCCGCAGCAAGAGUGGCUCAUGUGUUUCGAGGAGCAGGUCCGUGCCAAGUUCCUGGACUUCAGCGGACAUGAGCUAGCAUGCGUGGCUUGGUCGCUACGGCGAUUUGGCUACUCGACCCGUGACAACGCUGUGUUCUACAUGCUGCAGAAGCAACAGCACUUCUUGGCAGCGGACUUUGAGAUUCUGUCGAAUCCGAAGCUGCUACGUCAAGUGCUGGGUUGGAAGGCCUCGCCCCUCCCCGGCAGUUGCCCCGUGCGAGUCCGACCUCACAACGUUUCCUUCCCCCAAUCCCGGACAAUUUGCACGCUGCGGCUUGCCCCAUCGGAGGGCGGUGUGCUGAUCGCCGCAUAUGGGCCAGUGCUGUUUGCUGAGGUUUUUCGCGCAUGA